GAACUGUAGCUGCAGGAGAGCGUGAUCGUGAGAGAGGGAGAGAAAUCGAGAGAGAGAGAGAAAGAGGAGGGAGGGAGCAAGUCAGAGAGAGUAAGAGAGACUGAGAGAAAGAGAGAGAGAGCCAGGGAGGGAGGGAGAGAGUAAGAGAGCAAGAGUAAGAGAGAGAGAGAAAGAGAGAGAGAGAGAGAGAGGAGUUUAAACUAAGAGCUAUGUUUUGGGACGGAGUAAUCUGCUAGAGAGCACUGUGCGGAUCGGAGCGCAUUGUGAGAGUGAGUGUGCGGGGGACAGAUAAGGAAAAGAAGCCCGCCAGCCCGGCUGCUUGUUUUAAUGUGCUGACUCUGGGGAGAUAAAAAAAAGGAAAAAAAAAAAUUGACUCUUCAGUCGUGCGCCGAGAGCCAGGGCACGAGCGCCACAUUUAACAAGAGGUGCGUCGCAAACGAAAAGAGCGAAAAAAGAGAAGGCGAACAGGGUGCGAGAGGGGACAAAAUACAUCCGCAGAGCGCAAAUCAGCACAUUUGAGGCGGAUUUUUUUUUUUACCCCCUCUUUUUUCUCCUCUUUUUUUAACCUGUUUCCUUUUUUUUUGUGUGUGCCAUCGCCGGGAACGAUUCCCAUUUCCGGUACAGAGAAACCGCAACUGAGAGAGAAGGGAGACUCUUCCACUGACGGACGGCCACUACUAGAGCGAGAGGCGAAAAAGCGCACAAGAGGCGAAAAGGGACCAGAGAGAGAGAGAGAGCGCGAGAGGGGAAAAAAAGAGAAAAAAAGCGAGAAAACAAUCGCAACGAGAAGAGAAAACAGCAAGAUGUUCGAAAUCAGCCGAACACUGAACGCCGCUUUGUUGAGCAAUGAGUAUCUGAAGAUGAUGGUAAGGUACUCCCAGUAUUCGGCACUAGCCCAGGCUGAAGGCUCCGUUCCGGGCAUGGGCUCCCUGCUUUUGCCCCACGAUCCAUCCAGCCAGCCGGGGGCCAGGUCACUGGGGGGAUCGACAGAGACUCAGUGGCGUCAGGCAGACUUGCCGCAGCUCCAGGGCUGGGCUGACAAAGGACUGCUGACACAGCCAAAGAUGAUAAUCAGCAACAUGGAGCCUCAGGUGACGAACGGGCCGAACCCGGCCACGGCCAACGGCCCCUCCAGCAACAGCCGCAGCUGCCCCUCGCCCAUGCAGACCAGCGGCUCCAACGACGACAGCAAGACCAACCUUAUCGUCAACUACCUGCCCCAGAACAUGACCCAGGAGGAGUUCCGCAGCCUCUUCGGCAGCAUCGGAGAGAUCGAGUCCUGCAAGCUGGUCCGCGACAAGAUCACAGGACAGAGCCUUGGAUAUGGUUUCGUCAACUACAUUGACCCAAAGGAUGCAGAGAAAGCCAUCAAUACGUUAAAUGGACUCAGACUUCAAACCAAAACUAUCAAGGUGUCAUACGCACGGCCCAGCUCAGCCUCUAUCCGUGAUGCUAACCUGUACGUGAGUGGGCUGCCGAAGACCAUGACCCAGAAAGAACUGGAGCAGCUCUUCUCCCAGUACGGACGAAUCAUCACCUCCCGCAUCCUCGUCGACCAGGUCACAGGCCCUUCAGGUGGCUCUCGCGGGGUAGGCUUCAUUCGCUUUGAUAAGAGGAUAGAGGCGGAGGAGGCCAUCAAGGGCCUGAACGGACAGAAGCCCUCUGGAGCGGCCGAGCCAAUCACAGUGAAGUUCGCCAACAAUCCCAGUCAGAAGACCAGCCAGGCCCUGCUCUCCCAGCUCUACCAGUCCCCCAACCGCCGCUACCCCGGCCCCCUGCACCACCAAGCCCAGAGGUUCAGGCUGGACAAUUUGCUUAAUAUGGCCUAUGGCGUUAAGAGGUUCUCCCCCAUCACCAUAGAUAGCAUGACCAGUCUCGUAGGGAUGAAUAUUCCGGGACACACCGGCACGGGCUGGUGCAUCUUCGUCUACAACCUGUCCCCGGAUUCGGACGAGAGUGUCCUGUGGCAGCUCUUCGGGCCGUUCGGAGCCGUCAACAACGUCAAGGUGAUCCGCGACUUCAACACCAACAAGUGCAAGGGGUUCGGAUUCGUCACCAUGACAAACUACGACGAGGCGGCCAUGGCCAUCGCCAGUCUGAACGGGUACCGGCUGGGCGACCGCGUAUUGCAGGUGUCCUUCAAGACCAACAAGACCCACAAGUCCUGAACUCCCUUCCCCACCUCCCCAACCCCCCCCCACUCUCGCGUAGCCCCGUAAAGAGAAAAACAACCCAACACCACCACUACUACUACUACUAACACCCACCUCAGCCCACACAGCUAGCCUACUCCAAACAGGAACGAAACCAACCAACAAACCAACUAAAGAGAACUGGAUAUGGCUUAUAAUAUACCUUUGGACCUAUAAGCCAAUGUUGCCUAAGUAUUACGAAAAUUAAAAGAAAAAAAAAAGUAAGAAAAUGAUAUUAAUGAUUUGGAAGACCUGUAUAAGUGGUACAGGCAUUCUGUUGUAUAUCCUUUGAGUUUCUCGUGGUCGUUUAUUCUUCUUCUUCUUCUUCUUCUUCGUUUCUCUCUCUCUCUCUCUUUUUCUCUCUUUUUUCUCUUUCUCUGUAAAAACAGUAGCAAAACCAGUCCGCCCUUAUUUCGACGAGGAAGAGAAGAAUGUCCUUCUUUAGAUUGAACUCUCUCUUGGUCUCUCUCUCUCUUGAUUCAGGUUUUCCUUUUAUCGUUUUUUCCUCUUUUAAAAAAAAUCCGGAUCCACUGUCGUUAGUAUACAACGCCUCCCUGGGAAGAGAACGGGAGGGGGCUCUUUUUAAAAAGAUAUAAAUAGAAAUAGAAAUAUAUAUAUAUAUACAUAUAGAAAUAUAUAUAUAUAGAAAUAAAUCAGUGAUCAUUCAUUCAUUUGUUUUUUGGUGAAUAUUAUUGAAGCCCCUAAAAUGUAAGGUAAAUUGACAGGGAUGGUGCCAUCCCUUUUCUCUAAUGCAGAAGAAAUUUGAAGAUUUCUAACAUUGUUUUGUUUUGUACUGAAAACAGAACACAACAUGUCUUUCCUCACGAGGGAUCGGGAGACAGGGAGAGGGAAGGGAUGGGUUAGCAUUCCUGUUGAGAUAUAUACAAAAAAAAUACACACACACACACACAUUAAAUGAACACAAACACAUGAACACACACACACAUACAUACACUUGCACACAGACAUAUAUGUAUAUAUAUAUAUAUAUAUAUAUAUAUAUAUAUAUAUAUAUAUAUAUAUAUAUAUAUAUAUAAAUAAAUGCAUACAGAUACACAAACAUACACAUAUACACACACUCACACACACUGUUGCCAAAGAGAAAAUCUCUUUGCUUGAAAAUGGGUUUAGAAAAAAAAUGAAAAAAUAAAGAGAAAGAAGAUCUAUUUUUAUAAAUAAUGAUUAAAAUAAUAAUUAUUGAAGAAUUUUUACAUGAAUCUGGAUUUGAAAAAAAAAGAGAAAAAUAUUUUGACUGGCUAAUUAGGGGUCGGGGGGAGGGGUCAGGUGCCACCUUGUCUUGUUCGUUCUGCCGUGGUACUUUUUAGGAAUCAAAGGUCAUUUGUUUUUCGGGGAGAACCAGAUUGGCAACGGUUUUGUAGACGGACGGUUUUAUCAAGAGAUGCAAAUUCAGGCAGGUAAUUUUUCAUAGCACGUAAUUGUUCAACAGCGAUACCCAAUAGGAGAGGGACAGGGGUCUUCCCAGGCCUGACGCAUCCUCGAGUCGCGUAGUCAAGAGCCCAGAGUACGGCCACACAUUCGUCCACUCAUUUUCUUUCCAUCGUCAGUCUUUGGGAUAUUUCGGUAACGCAUACUCUUUCUCUCUUUCUCUUUUUCUCUCUCUCUCUCACACACACACACAGACACACACAGAGACACACAGACACACACACACACUUUUCCUUCCUCCAUCAUUUAGAGAAAACACAAGAAAACAACAUUCUUACGGUUCCUUUCACUCUGAUUUCGUCAUCUUUGCAUUUGAGAUGUACUUCCUUUAGCGAUCGACCGUAGGUGCUAUAUUACAUGGUUCACAUAUCUUAUUAAAUAUCCGAGUUUGUUGUUCUGUGUGUUAUUUAGAGAAACUUUAAAAAAAAAAGAAAAAAGAAACUUCGAUGUUGGCAUUAAAUUGAGCUGCUGUUUUUUUUUGUUUGUUUUUUUGUUAUUUUUUUCUUUUCUUUUCUCGGUUGAUUUCCGACCGUCGGCCCCCCGCGUCUGGCCCAGAGCAUCUCUUCUGCGCCCGGAGAAGCCGGACGAGCAAAAGCAAAAGCUUCGGGCCUCGUAAGAAUCACUUAUGGAGUUUUUCCUUCUCCUUUUUUUUUUUUUUUUGGCUUGCUGACAUAUAGGUUACUUGCUGAGUGUACAGCGUUUGUCAAAACUCAAUGAUAAUUAGCUAGUUUCGUUAGUCUAGUAUUCGUUUCCUCGGAGGAUCUAUUACAAAUGUGUCUUUCUUUGUUGUGUACAAAUAGAUGAUAUAUAGUCUACAUUUGUUUUACGAUCUAUCUCUCUCUCUAUAUCUAUGAGUUGUCACUGUUUUUUGGUUCGAGCUUGUCUUUUUUCAUAUGAAAACUUUAUGAAGUGAUGGUUCAGUUACUUAGAAAAACUCGUGAGGAAUCCUGUUUAAUAUGUUGUCAUGUCGCUUGUGGAUAAAAAAAAGAAAAAUUGGAUUCGUAUAAUUGAUUUUUUGUUUUUGAGUUUUUGAGUUUAUGUUUUUGAGUUUUUGUUUGGUUAUGUUCUAAUAUUAUUAUUAUUGAUUAUGAUCUUUUUUUUUUCCUUCUUGGGAGUUUUUGUUUACCGCUGCGGCAAAAAGAAACCGGACAAAAAAGCUUCUUGAAAAAGAGUUUGAAUUUGUAUUUAUUUAUUGGUUUAAAUUAUUUAUUUAUCUGGAAUAUAUCUCUCUAUAUAUAUAUUUAUUACUUAAUUUAUUGGGUUGUUUCUGUUUGUUUGUUCGUUUGUUCGUUUGUUGUUACGUUGUCUGUGUUUUUGUGUGAUUCUGGUACAGGGAGGGGGGGGUGUUUCUGAGCUAAAGGGAACAAACGACUAGGGGAGACGCUCUUCCAUUAGUCCUGUGCACUGAGAAAUUUUAGUACGUUUGUGCUUUGUACCAAUAUAUCAAAAUUACAAUAUAAAAAAGUUUAAAAGUCAAAAACGAAAAAAAUGUCAAGAGGGUUGGUGAGGCUCUUCCCUUAUUACUAGAAACAGUUACUCGCUAUGCAUAACCUAGUCGAUAGUUAAAUUUGCUAUUGCUUUUUUCUUGUCUUGUUAAACAUAAAUCUUUAAAUCUUUUUCAAUAAAGUUUAGUCUUAAUAGAAUGUUAUAACAGUUGUUCUCUGGUUCAAUAUAACCUGUGAUAAGUUUGUGUAGUUUUAAAAGCCGCGUCCCGCCCUCCCUCCACACACUACCGUUGCUUUGCGAUCCAACUUUAUGCAAAAAUGUGGGUCUGAAACAUAGUUUCUCAUGGAUUUUUAAACGGCAUUCGACAUUUUUCGGCUGGCGCCGCCUGGAUUUUUCCGAGAUGACCGUUGUACCGCUACAUCGUCCAUCGUUUUCGCUCUCGUUUAACUCUCGUCAUCAUCAUUGCAUUGGACCUACCGGCGGAGAGCUCGGCGUUACAUUUUUAAACUCAAAACCUUAAUUUCGAAAACGACGACAUUUCUACCAUUUUUUGCAUUGCAUACGACAUCACGACUCCAAAAAAAAACAAAAAAAGAGAAGCAUAGACGCUGAUUGUACUGGUCGAAAUGAAAUAGAAGCUAUAGAAGAUGAUAUUUGAUAGAUGACACCCGUUAUAUAUUUUCUAUGAUGAAUAUAUAGUCUAUUUUGAGAGGUGAAUUUAGUGAAUGGCUCUUUGAGAGUGGGGGGGGAAUCAGCUCAUGUUGAGAUAGAACUGCUGUGAAUGUUGGAGAACUACUACUACGACUACUUUUAACUACUUUAGACACAUAUAAACACAUAUACAUACACUUACUGAUACCUGCACACUGCACACUCAUACACUGAUACACAUUCAUAUACACUCGUCCAUACACCUCCGCCAUCAGUCCUUCAGUCCUUUAGUCCUUCAGUCAGUCGGUCAGUCAGUCCGUCCAUCAGUCUAUCAGUCUAUCAGUCUAUCAAUCCAUCCUCUGCAGCCCUCCUCCAACCCCACCGCCGCUCACGGGUGGCAGGUUGAAUUAUGCAACGACCCCAGUAGAAUGUUGUUCUGAUGUAGGAGCUAAUUUUGUCUUACAUCACUUCCUCCUCUUCGCUCAUGAGACGACGAUGACAACGACUAUGACUACGACUACUAUGACAUCAUCACCCUCCGCUUUGAGUGUGUGUGUGUUGGUUGUGUGAGUGUGAGAGUGAGAGUGAAAGAGAGAGAGAGAGAGAAAGAAAGCUUUUUUGAAGUGCGUAAGUGAAUGGUUGUGAGUGUGAAUGUGAGUUUGGGGGUGGGUAAAAGGGGGGUUCUGGUGGGGAGGGAUACGUGCCGUUAGGAGAGGGGGUUUUACGGGGGGUGAGGUAGGGUGUAGGGUGUGGGGUGUGUGUGGGGGGGUGGGUGGGUGAACACGGGGCCGUGCCUCCGCGGUGCGCGCCGCCCCAAAAAAAAAGAAUCGCCAAAAUCGCUGUGGCUCACUUUCUCCCCUUGUAGCGCCUUAUAGUGGCAGCCUGCCAAUAGGAAACCAACAGCCAGUAGUGUAGGAGGGAAGGCCAAGUGAGGAACAAGGCUCUUGUCAUUUUUCAUUUUUCUCCUGAAGAUGUGUUUGUUUACUAUCUGAGAAUCUAUAAAUCUUUAAAGACAAAAAAGACGAUAAAAAAAAAAUAUGUUCACUGGACCAAGCUGGUCUCUCCUACUUACGUUAUUACUUAACUAUCAAUUAUUGAUUAUUGUUAUUAUGAUUACUAUUAUUCUUAUUAUUCUUAUUCUUAUUAUUAAUCAAAUUACUGCGAUGAAUGACUUCAUGUUAUCCUUGCUAGUUUAGGUCAUUUCUGAAAACUGGAAACAAAAUAUGGAAAAAAAAAAAUCUUGCUGUAAAUGUUUUUUUCUUUUUCAUAAACUGUUGUGUUUGAAUUAUUUGUACUUUUGAAUGUUGGGACAAUAAAAUGAGGUGUUGAAAGCUG